ACCUGCUUUAAAAUCUCCUCUUCCCAGUUCCCAGUCAGUCAGAAGAUAAAGAAAGACAAGCUGAAUCUGCAAAUAUGCGUUGUCUAGCCCUUGCCCUCAUCCUGUGUUCUCUGGCAGCAUUCGCCAACGCUUAUUGCUAUAUGGGACCAAAGAGAGUUGGAGCCCAAGAACCGUGCCAAGAUGACACAGAUAAGGACUGGCAUGAGGUGGGCUCCUCGUGGACCAACAGCAAGUGCAUGGAGUGCUCCUGCACAGCUAUUGCAAUGGACUGCUGUGACCGUAUGGGGAGGCCUUCUGGAUUCCCUGAGGACUGUGAGGUGCUUCGCGACUGGAAGGAGUGCACUUUUGAAGUGGUGAAGAAAAACGAUCACAGCGUUCAGUGUCCCCAUGCGGCUGUUGGCAAAUGAGCUUGUGAAAAGUGAUAUACUGUAUGUGUCAAGCGUAACACUACACAUGUGUAAACAUUUGAUCAAGGCCAUUUGAAUAUGUUGGUUGUCAUUGUUAUUAAAAAGUAGUAAGCAAUAAGUGGCAACGCAAUAAAU